GUAAUUGCAAUGUCGCGGAGCCAAAAAGUAACAAUAAAAGUUUAAAAACUACCAUGGAUUCGUUUGAUUUGACAUCCAAGAACACCGAGCCAUACAUACGCCUUUAGAAAUCUACAUACAUACAUACCUACAUUGCAUAUUUCGCUGAUGCUAAGGUCAUCAUCGAGACUUGUCAGAGAUUCGUAAAAUCAAAAGCGUUUGCAAUUCUCAUAGCAAAAUGAGUGCCGUCGCCAGCAGCGAUCCAGCCAUCAGCGGCAUGGCCCUUGGCCGAAGCCAGACCAUCUGCCGCUACUACGUGCGCGGGAUCUGUCGCUUCGGGGAGCUCUGCCGCUUCUCACACGAUCUGAGUCGCGGUCGUCCGGAGUGCGAGCAGACAGUGACCACCGAGGUGCUACCGAAGCCGAGUACCAGCAACAGCUACAGCGCCAGCACCAGCACCUCCAGCCAGCAGAGAAACUGGGCCAACGCACCGGAGUUCGUGCCCAGCCAGAAGCGGAAUUUGGCCCGUGAACAGAACGAGGCAGAGGCCAACGUAGGCUCAGGGGCGGAGACGGAUGCCGGUGCGUCCUAUUUCGUCAUUACUCCCGCCGUCUCCUGGGCCGAAGUUGUGGGUGGGCCGUCAUCUCUUAACAACAAAGAGGAAUACUCACCCAUGAAUCCCGCUUCGCUGGAGGAAGUCUGCCCGUACGAGAGCCCCUGCGUCUGGGGCGAACUCUGCCCCUACCGCAUCCACAUGGAGCUGUGCGAAAUGUGCGACCAAUACUGUCUGCAUCCCACAGAUCAAGCCCAGCGCAAGAAGCACAACCGCGAGUGCCUGCAACAGCACGAACAAGCCAUGGAGCUUUCCUUUGCUAUCGCCAGGUCCAAGGACAAGACGUGCGGCAUAUGCUUCGACACGAUCAUGGAGAAGGCGGGCAGGGAAAAGCGUUUCGGGAUCCUACCCAACUGCAACCACAUAUUCUGCUUGGAGUGCAUUCGCACAUGGCGCCAGGCCAAACAGUUCGAGCAUAAAAUAACGCGAGCUUGCCCCGAAUGUCGCGUGUGCUCUGAUUUUGUCUGCCCCAGUGCGUUUUGGGUGGAGACCAAAGAGGAGAAGGACAAACUGCUCAAUGAUUACCGCGCCGCCUUGGGUGCCAAGGAUUGCAAAUACUUCAAAAAAGGCGAGGGCAAGUGUCCCUUUGGUAACAAGUGCUUUUACAAGCACGCCCUGCCCAAUGGAGACAUCGUCGAUGUGGGAUUGCCGAAGCGAACUCGCAAGUUACGGAGCCAGAAUGAAAUAAUCGAUUUGCUUGAUAUUUAUCUAUGGGACUAUGUAGAUCGCCGUGAUUAUCAUUGGCUGGAGUUAUUUUCAACUGAUAUAAGCGAAAGUUCCGAUUUCUCGGAAGACGACUAAGCUUCUGGAACAGAAGGAAACGAAAAGCAACAACAGCCCAAAAGCAUACAAAUUUGGAUAUACAGUCCCAGAAAAAACGUAAACAAUAUUCAAACGAUAUAUAUAAAUGAUACUGAACCAAAUAUCGAAUGCGAAAUUAAACAAAAAAAUGUAUUUGGGUACCAAAUUUAGGUUACAUAAAUAUUUAUUCUCCACUUAAUGCAACGAAAUUUACAGCAACUUUUCCGUACUUGUAUUAAAUUAAAUUAUAUUUAAUACCAUUAAUAACAAGUGGUUCAACUUAAACCUAAAGAACAUUGAUAUAUCAUUAAAUAUGAAUACAAAAUUUUAGAGAUAAACAAGCAGUAAACAGUACAUUUUGAAAAUAGGUGAUAUAAAAUGUGUAAACUAUGCCUUUCAGACUGAAUUGUAAAGAUAAAAAUACAUACAUUCUUUAAUCGGUUUUCUACUCAUUUUUUGAAGUUUAACAACUACAUCUAAGUAAAACGCACAUAGCAAACCACAUAAGUACGUCUAUCUGGAUAUUUGCAGACAUUCAAUCUCAAAUGAGUCAGUGUAUCCAUAACCGAGCAGAUACUAUUCCCUUUCGUCGAUAAAUGAAAUUUUUGUUAUUGUUAUGAGCCUUUGUGUUAGAGUAUUACUGUUGCAUACCCUAUAAUUCAGUAUAUUUGUAAUCGUUGGCCACAAGCGUAAUACCCAAAACCACUACAAAUAUUAUAUGUAUAACAUCUAUAUUGUAUAUUGAUUUUAAGUUUAUAAUUUCGAAAUGUACCUCUUUAUAAUGUUUUGUUUUUACUGAUACAAAUGUAAUGUGUUGUCCACUAGAAAAGCAACAAUUAAAUAAACUAAGGGAAUUAACAUAUAAACCCAACAUGUUCAAAAUCUAAAACCUAAAAUCAAUGUAACAAUUACUUGAAAAUCUCAAUAAUUGCAUAGAAUCCGAGUUCAGCGAUUCAAACCCAUUUAUAUGUGAUUAAUAGUUGACAAACAAAAAAUAUCUUAUGAAUAAUUGGUAAUAAGUACAUAGUUUUAAAAACAUGCAUAUGGUCGUUGAAAUAUGAUAUAGAUUGAACAAUUUAGUUUAACAAAUACAUGCUAUCGCAAAAGCUGCAUUGCAA